CUUGACAACCAUCACCUAUUUGACCCUCUAGAAUGGUAGACCGCUGCCACCCCUACAAAAAUCAACACCUGCCUUUUCUUCGGCCAUCCAUAAUCAAAUCUCUGUCCAACCUCUUUACAUCUCGCUAUACUGGUUCCGCCCCUCUUUCUCCUGCAGUGCCUCUUUGCUAAACUACCUAGCUUAAUUAUCGAAGCUUGGAGAAAGCAGUUAUUCUUCAAUUGCUUUUACAAAAAAAAUUUCCUCCUUAUUCCAUUUUUCUUGAGAUUCUUUGCUUUUCCCGUCAUUCAAUCAUCUCUAAUUGUCCCAAGAUUGAAUCUUUUUGCAGAUUCGGCUUGAGUGUUUUCAAGUUUUGUUGUUAAUCUUCCUUGAAUUUGAGAUUUCUUGAAGCUUCUGUAGAAGAAAGUAUAACUCAGAGGGUGGAAGCUCCAAAAAUGCCGCCUUUUGCAGGACCCAAGCCUCAUUUGGAUGGCUUCUACCAGAACUCCAGAGAUUCAAUCUCUAAUGUGAUCACAAUUGAUGUGGGUGGUCAGAUUUUCCAAACCACACGACAAACCCUAGCUUUAGCUGGUUCCAAAUCUCUUUUCUCGAAAUUGUCCAAUUUGCAGGGUACAAUCCCUUUUAUUGACAGAGAUCCAGAGCUUUUCUCUAUUCUCCUUUCCCUUCUAAGAACCGGAAAUCUUCCAUCAAAAGCUAAAGCCUUUGAUGUUCAAGACCUAAUCUUUGAGUCCAGAUUCUACGGUAUUGAGAAUCUUCUCAUCAAUUCUCAAUCAAAUCCUUCUCUGUUUGAAGCCUUUAAUGUUGAUAAAUCCACGAUUUUACCCUUGAGUGGCAGGGACUCGCCUUCAACUAUCUCAACAACCCAAUUUGGAUCAGUUCAUGUGGCAAAUGGUUGUAAAAUCACUUCUUUUGAUUGGUCAUUGCAGAGAAAAUCAACCAUUCUGACUCAAUUUACAGCCAUCGAUUCGCUAUUGGCAUUGUCCCCCAAAACAGUAGCGGCGGGUGCCACGGACUUUUCAGGGUUGCAGAUCAUUGACCUUGAUAAGGGUAUUGUGAAGGAAACUUUGAACUGGGAAAAUGUGACAAGGUCUUCUUCGACUGUGCAGGCAAUUGGUUCAUCAUCGGAAUACUUAUUUACAAGUUUCGAGUCUGGUAGGAGAAAUUCCAAUUGCGUUAUGGUUUAUGAUAUUAACGAUGGUUUUAGGCCUGUUACCACCAUUGGUCAUUAUGAAAUUUUUGGUGCUGAGCUGGAUUCUGGUAUUCCAGCAACAAAGCUGCAAUGGAUUUCUAGUCAUAAUUUGCUGAUGGCUUCUGGCUCCCACAGUGGUCCUGCUGGUGUGGUAGGGAAUAUUAGGUUUUGGGAUAUGAGGUCUGGAAAUGUUGUUUGGGAAGUCAAGGAAAAGGUUGAUUGCUUUUCUGAUGUCACAGCGUCAGAUAAUCUCUCAGCCCUGUUUAAGGUUGGUGUGAAUUCUGGUGAAGUUUUCUUCACUGAUUUCAGGAGUAUUGGCGCUGCUGAGGAUUCAUGGGUUUGUCUAGGAGAUGUGAGAAAGGUGAUCAAUGGAAAGAAGGAAGGUUCAGGGUGUAAAAUUGAAAGCCAUGGAAAUCAAGUGUUCUGUAGCAAAGGAGGAAACAUUGAGCUGUGGUCUGAAGUUCUGACUGGUUCUUCUAUAAAGGGUGAAAAUGGAAGAGUAGAGGACAGAGUCUUUAGGAAGAACUCCAUGGGAAGAGCAAAAGAUAUGGGUGGUAGCAGGAUAACAAACUUGGCUUUCGGGGGUAACAAAAUGUUCGUCACCAGGAAGGACCAGCAAUUUGUUGAGGUUUGGCAGAGUUCGGUUAGGGGAUUUUAGUAUCAAAUGUAAAAUAGUUCUUAGUUAGCAUAUUCGUUUGUAAAUACUGUUUGCACUUAAUUAAGCCCUGUAUUUACAAGUUGAUGCAUCUGAAAUUAUGUCAAUACAGCAGCUGUGAUUCCUUCUCUGUUGUACCUC